AUUUCUUUGCUUUUCCAAAGGUGGGAACUGCACAGUUGCUGCUUGCACGGCACAUGACCAACAAGUCCUUCAAUGAGGUUACGGAGGCAACUUCACCUAGAAAACCUGAGCCUACUAGUACAAUUGACUCACGAGAAGAUUGGCUAAGAAGGUGGGAUGAAAGACGAGAAUUCAUUCAGUCAAAAUAUGUUCGAAGGGCUUUUGUUCAACCAACAACAGCAACACCAGAAGAACUACAGAUCCAGUUAAGAGAAGUCAUUAACAGUAAUGAUCUUUAUGGUCUACUUCGUGUGUACUUUCAGGGUGGUGAUUUAGGGCUCCCAUUAACAGCUCUUGAAGAAUGUGCACUUCAUGUAGCAAUUUACCAAGAAAAUGGUGCCUCGCUUCCAUUAGUGGACUUCUUGGUCCAGAACAGUCACUCACUGGAUCGCCAGACCCGGGAGGGCAACACUCCUCUACACUAUUGUGUCAUCUCCAAUAAGCCUGAAUGCAUGAGGCUACUACUCAGAGUGGGUGCCAACCCCAGUAUAGAGAAUAAUAAUGGCAAGACUCCACUAGAUAUUGCAAAUGAACGGAACUGCAGGCUCAUGGAAGAUAUGCUCACUCAAGCACAACAACAGAAGAAGUCCAUGUUUGAGAAUGUAGAAUAUGAGUGGAACAUCUCAGAUGAUAAUUUGACUGAUAUGUCAGAUGAUGAUGAAAUUUUCAAGCCAAAUGGCAUGUCAACCCCAGAAAAAGUAGUAAGGAGUCGUCCUGUAAGCUUGCCAGGCUCUAGUUCGCCAGUAUGCCAGCGUAGUGCAGAGCACCACAGCUCGACUGAGGAGCGUGGCCUGGGAGACUAUAGAAGUAGUUCCUCUUCACGCUGGCCCAGAGGUCAGCCUCCUCCACCCCCACCAGCAACUAGUAAACCUGCUUUGCCACUUCGUACUAUGACAGAGAAGAGACCAGCACCUAAACCCCCAGCUGGUGUUUCCCACAACACUUCCUUCUACCUCCCUCACUACACCAGCCAUUCCCGCACGCCUUCCGACCCCAUGCUGGGGCCUUCGUCAUACCACCCCAGCCUGGCUCACAACAACAACAACAAUGGUGGUGGGGGUGGUAGCCUUGGAGGGAUGGGCCACAAGAGGAGUCCAUCAACUGAUUCUAGUAGCACAAGUGAUGGAAGACCUUUAGACACUGACACUUCACCAUCAUCAUCACCUCAAGAAUCUCCAAACACCUUUAUUAAUGGCCGAUCAACUGAGUCUUUGUCAUCUUUGGUGUCUGAUGAUCCUCGGCCUCCACCAAGAAGGCGAGUGGGUUCAGCCCCGCGGGGAGAUGUAAAGCAUUAA